UUAUGUUCUGUCUUUUGCUGUUUUUUGAAAGUUAAAAAUUCUAAGAACAUACAUUUUGAAACUGUCAUUUUCAGAACCAACAAUGGACACAUCUGUUAAUCAAAGGGAGGUAGAAGAGGAAGUGGUGCUUAAGUGGUCGAAGGGUGUUUUCCUGUUGUUGUGUUCACUGCUGAUGUAGAUCUGAUCCACCUUAACCAGAUUUAACAGAUCCAGUCCCUAGAGGGCGCUGUAAAGUCAUCUAUAGUGGGACAUGCUGCCUCAUUCAGCAGAUGUUUUCAGCGGUUUUUCCCCAUCAAAAAGCAAACGCAUUCGUUUUUCUUUCAGCACAGCCAUCGUUAUGAAAAAUCUUUUAUGAAUUUCGCUAUCGGUCUUCAUUUGGGGUUUUAUCUUGUAGUUCUCUGUCAGUCAUUUUGGCAUUUGCUAGGAAACUAGAAUUAAACGGGCGGUCUUCUCAGGUUUAUUUAAAUAAUAGCCGUGGUAAACUCGCAUUUUAUUAAGAUGGUCAGAUAUAUGAAGAAUCUAAUUUUUCUCGUUUUUUUCUUGUUUUUCGCUAAUGGUGUGUUUGGUUUUGAAACCGAUGGCAUUAAGUCAAUAUCAGUGACGGAGGGAGAUUCCGUCAAUCUAGACACGUGUGUUGAUCAAGUACAGAAAGAAAAAAUACUGUGGACGUUUGAAAACACUAUCAUAGCUCAGAUCGACAAGGAUUCCCAAACGUUCUCCACAAAAGACGGAAAUGAUGGGAGGUUUAGAAACAGACUGGACUUAAACGCUGAAUCUGGAUCACUGACCAUUAGGAACAUCAGAACGAGCCACUCCGGAGUUUAUAAAGUGGAAAUGAAGAGCCCGAGCGGCUCCUCGAACAGGAGGUUCAAUGUGACUGUAAUAGGUGUGUUUGAUCCGGACGCAGAGAAAAUAAAGCCCGUAUCAGCAAAGGAGGGAGAAUCCGUCACUCUAAACACGAACUUUAAAGUACAGAAAGACUAUCUGAUCGUGUGGAAUUUUGGACGGGCCGCCAAAGACUGCGUAGAUAAUCCGCUUCAUCACGUCCCGUGUCAAAGGGAUGUGACCGCCAUCGCUAAAAUCGAUGGAGAAACCGGUGAGGUCGCAUUAGAUCCCGGUGACGGCGAGAUGUUUAGCGACAGACUGAAAAUGGACAAAGUGACCGGAUCUCUGACCAUCACAGACAUCAGACCCAAACACGCUGGGUUUUAUAUGCUACAGAUCAGUAAUAACACCGGGACCACAUACAGGAGAUUCAACGUUACCGUUAAUGAAAUUACGAAAUUCCACUCACAUGUAGUUUGGAUGCCAAUCGCUAUAGUGCUUUUGUUGAUGGUGACGGUUUGGUGUUUGGCUGUGGGCUUUAAAAACUGGCGCAACAGGAACUUUUUGUUGUGGAAACUGAGGUCGUAUAACUGCUGUCAGUCUACAGGGGCGCAGGAACCGGAAUUAAUACCAAAAUCGGUGAUAGAGGGAGAACCUGUGACUCUCGACACGGAUCGAACUCUACUGCAGAGAGAUGAUGUGAUCGAGUGGAAGUUUGGAGGCAAAGUCAUCGCGAAAAUCAGCAGAGUAGCCGGUAAGAUCUGUCAGAAGACUUAUGAUGGUCCUGAAGAGAAGUUCAGAAACAGACUGGAGCUGGACUGUAAGACUGGAUCUCUGACUAUCACAAACACCAGAACCACAGACUCUGGAGAUUAUCAACUACAGAUCGCCACCAGUGGAAGAGUGGAAAUAUACCGAAAAUUCAACGUUUCUGUCAGAGAUUCCAGUCGGAAUAUGCCUAACGAGUCAGCUGAGUCUCUUUUGAUGAGUAAAGAGAGAGAUGCAGCAGCUCCAAUAUAGAGUUGGUAUAAUGCUAUUAACACUGAUGAGAAAUGUGUCAUAUACGGUGUUAUUUGCCUAUACAAUGUUUCACACUUAUUAUGAAUGACCAAGAACUUGCUAACUGUACUGUAUACAUUUUAUGUGCAUCACAACAGUGUUUUUUUCUGGCUGAUGUGCUUAUUCCUGAAAAUAUUCACUAUAUAAAGUGCAGCUAAUGUAUGUGAAUGUUGUUUUUGUACAUAUCCUUGAGCCUGUGAUGUGUUCACAGACAUGCCUCUGCUCAAAUAAUGUUUUAUUUAUGUCUAGCACUGUCAUUUUUAAAAUGAUAUACCUUUUUCUGUGUGCGUGUAAAUGCCUCAAUUGUAUCUAGAAUGCACUUUGUAUGACCAAAUAAUAAUAGAAGACACUACAGCUUUCGCAUUGCUAUUACGAAACACUGGGGAUACAGCAUUGUUGCUUUAUUUUCGGAACAUUUGCUGAUCAGUGUAUACAUUUUUCGACAGCACUUAACCAACUAAUACUAGCACUUUUCCUUUUCUUGUCUUCUUUUAAAUAAUAAUAAAAUAAAAAAAAAACCUGGCUAUGCGUUCUAUACUAGACUAACUGAGACUUGUCAUGGCACUUAUACUGUUGUUGCUUGUUGACCUGACUGCUUCUAUUGUUCUCAUUUGUAAGUCGCUUUGGAUAAAACCGUCUGCUAAAUGAUUAAAUGUAAAUGUAAAAUGUGAGAAAAUGGCCUCAAUUGUAAAUUUCCAUUUCUUAGUCAUAUUUUUUGUUGAAUAUAUUUAUUUUUAUUUUUCAAGUGUUAUGUAGCCUUAUAACUAAAAAUAAAUAAAUAAAUAAAUAAACAACAACGA